AUGGCGGCUCCCGAGCUUGAGGCCGUGCGCGUCUACAAGGAGGUCGUCGAUCGACUACUUGCGCGCGCAGCUCAAGUCAAGCCUGAUUCUCACAUCGAACCGCCUUUGACCGAGGGAACCCUGGGAGAGCCGAUCUGGCAAGUUCCUGCCGAGGAACAGGAUAUUGUGAAGCAUCUCAACCCACAGACCAAGUUUGCCGCUGUGGAGAUUGCUUUUCGUGAGAAAUUCUAUCGCAUCCUGGCCUCCACCUCCAUUCAAGACAUUUCUUUCAUCUAUAUUUGGAAUCUACUUGACAUCGUCUCUAUCUUUUCCGACAACGAACAAUGCGAACCCGGCCUGAUAUUCUGGCUGAUUGAGGAGCUUCUGGACAGUCAAACAAUCGAUGGAUGUCGAAAGGUUUUCGAUUAUCUAGAGUCGCGCCGCGAACGGAAUAUCAAGAAACAUUUCAAACAGAAGAGCCUCGUCAUCUUGAGGUCUUGUAACGAACUCCUUCGCCGACUAUCCCGCGCUGAAGAUACGGUGUUCUGCGGUCGAGUCUUCAUCUUCCUGUUUCAGAGCUUCCCACUCGGUGACAAAAGCUCCGUGAACCUACGGGGCGAAUUCCACACUGAAAAUGUCACUACUUACGACGAGGUCUCCAAGUCAACUGCCCAAAGCGACGAGGAUACCGUCAUGGCCGAUGGCAAUGAGGGUUCUCCACCCACCAAGACGCCAACCGAGGGUACAACGCAACCGGAGGGUUCAUCACACGUUCCAAAGGUGGUGGUCACUGCAGACAAGCAUGGCAAAAGCGACAAACUCAAAGAAAAAGUGGACUUGGAUGCUCUUUAUCCAGUGUUCUGGAGUCUACAGGCCUUUUUCUCCGCCCCAAGCAAGAUGUUCGACUCGGAGCGAUUCGCAGACUUCAAGGCAGGCCUUGAUGCGACGCUCUCUGCAUUCAAAAAUAUCAACACCGAACUCAAGAAUCAAAGCAGCUCACGGUCGUCAGAUGAGGCACGAAAGGUCUACAAACGCAAGCGUGUUACCGAUGAUGCCGAAAUUGGAACGAGUUUCAACCCAAAGUAUCUCACGAGCAGGGACCUGUUUGACCUCGAGGUGAGUGACACGGCUUUUAGGAGACACGUCCUGGUACAAGCUCUCAUCCUCAUCGAUUUCAUGUUGUCUCUCACGCCAACCGGCAAGGCUCGCUUGGCCGACGCAACAAACAAGUCUGUGCUGUAUGGCUUUGUCCUAAACGAAGAGCAUGCGAAAUGGGCGACCGAUAUGAGAAAAAGCAUUGAGGGUUACCUGCGUCAGGGAGAUGGUGGACCCUUUUACUUCCGGAUGGUGGAUACAGUGUUGUCCAGGGAUAAGAACUGGGUGCGCUGGAAGGCUGAAGGAUGCCCACCGAUCGAGCGGUCAGCAGUCUCGGUGCCCGAUUAUAUGCAGGCGCGUGAGCAUGCAACCAAAGCCUACGCCAACAAGCGACUGCGACCCUCUCCGAUGGGAUCCCUAGAUCUGAAAUUCUUAUCCGAUAGUGAGGCAUUGGCCAACAUUGAACGGCUGAAGGACUCCGACAGAGUCGCCGUCCCUUCCGCAGACGCUUUGAUGAUGGGUAUCAUGGAUGACGAAAUGGACGUGGACAUGGCCCAGACCCCAGACGAUAAGGAUAUGGCAGAAAAAGCCAAGUCAAGCAAGACUUGGCGCCUUCUCCGCCUGUCAGUAAAGACCAAGCUGGCCAGGUUUGACAAAUUCAAAGACGGGGAAAAUCUCACUGCCCUAUUUGAAAGCCCGGAAGCACCGACGGGGACACCCCAGCCCACUGAAGGGACAGAGAGCACUAGUCAGCCACCCGAGGAGAGGGCCGGUCAAGAAAGCACUACAAAACAGACGUCUUUUGGUGGCGAUAGCGCUCAAGACGAAGAGAUCAAGGACAUCCCUGUCGCCAACGAGAGCGAAGACGUCAUCGACAAUUCUCAACAAGAGCAAUCCCAACCAGAAGCAAAGCCCGAACCAGGGUCGCUUGCGCCUCCCGAAGAGAAUACGAACGACACGCCGAACGCUGCGCUUUCUAGCGCCGCUUCCGGAGAUAAUCCCAAAGAGGAGUCUGCAGCAACCUGA